AUGCCCACUCUCGGUCAAGGGUUCCUCAACUCCUGGUUGAAGGUGAAUAACAAACAUGUUGUGAUUCCCAACAAGAAUGACAAGGAAGGAAAGAUUGAAGGAUCGAAGCUAAGAAAACCUAGUCCUGAAACUGUAAUGACUGAGCGUACUGUGAAAUCAUCAAUCGAAGAGGAACGAACGCAAAUCAUUCGUCGCUUUAGCAACCGUAAAAAUAAGAAACGGUUGAAUCGUACAAUUUCGGCUUCCGAUUUGAUUCGAGACCAGAUAUCAGGGAAAGGAAGCAAGAAAAACGUCAAAGACGGAGUUGUUGAUAAUGAAUACGCAUCAAAAGCAUCAGCUGGAUCUUCGUCCAAUUCAAUUUUUGGUUCCAAUCGAAGUCAACAUCAAAUAACUGGUUCAAUUUUUGGUUCCAAUCGAAGUCAACAUCAUGCAGCUGGUUCAAUCUUUGGCUCCAAUCGAAGCCAACAUCAAGCAAGUGGAGCUUCCAAUUCAUUUUUUGAUUCCAAUGAUAGUCUACAUCAAACAACUGGAACUUCAUCCAAUUCAACCUUUGAUUCCAAAAGUCAACAUAAGACACAACAACAACAACAGCAAUAUCAAGACGAAUAUUCUUUGUCAUCAUCCACAAAACCAAUUCACCAAGAGCAUAUGCCUGAUACUGCAUCACAAACGAAUGGCUCCUUGAGAUUUGUGGCUGGUUUCUUUGGUGCUGAUAUCGAUAUUGGUACACUUGGCUCGGGGAACAAUGACGCUCAAAAGCACCAUCAUCGAUUGGCAAAAGUAUCAGGUCCAAAUGGAAAACGCCAUUCCGCGUCAGGGGGGAGUUCGGUACCAGGGAGAAUAAAGCCGAAAGCUCCUGGUGGUGGGGGUGGAGGAAUGGGACUUCGAUUUCCACCAAACAUUUUUGCGCUAGAGAGUAGUGUACAUUCUGAAAAAAAAUGUCAGCAUUGCUCCGAAUUGGAGGAUGAAUUAGCAUUGGCACGGGAAGAUGUAGAGUACCUGCGAGGGAUAUCUCUUCGAAACGAGUAUUCAAACUACUCUCCUGACCAACAACAGGACGACGACAAUCAGGGGGAAGCGCCAAAUCGAUAUAGUUCGCUCGAAGAAUCCGAGUCGACGCAGCAUAUUGAAAUUGAAGAGAUGAAGAAGGAAUGGGCUACAAUGCAGGACGAAAUGCAACAGGAGAUACGAAAAUAUGCGGAUCUUUGCGUCAAACUCAAUGAAGAAGCUGAGUUUCGAUCCAAUGAAGCCAUGAACCUGCACGUGGAGCUCAACUCGGUAUCCCGUGAGCGUGAUGAAAUGGCAACCGAGGCGGAAACUUUGCGAGCGAAAGUAGCAGAGUAUGAAAAGCGAGAAACGGAGCAUAGAAAAGCAGAGACACUACUGCAGCAGUACGAAGAACAUGGAUUGGAGUCUGCUAACAGGGAGAUUGGAGUAAGAGAUGCCAUGAUUGAAGAACUUUCCAAACGGCUGGAAUUUGCUCUCGAUACCUUGAGCAUGGAACGCGAAAAGCAAAAUCAGCGACGACAAAUCAUUUUCCCAAAUAAAAGCAAUCAUAACAAUUCAUCGGCUACAGCUAUGGAACGAGAAUUGAGAUCCACCAAAGAGUCACUUCAAAGAGCGGAAGAAACAAUCGAACUUUUGCGACGGGAAACAAAUGGCGGUGUGAAACGAGGCUAA